GCGUGGCGGAGGAGGGGCGCGGUCGAAGUGAACGGACGCCUGCGAUGCGUGACGGACUGACCUGAGGUCAUCAGCUGUCGCCAGAGGCGCCGACUCCGGUGCUAGUAGUGACUGUGGGACCCACGGCGAGUGACUGCGACAGUCCCGGCGCGUGACUGAGGUGACAAAGAUGGCGCACCGUCGCGGCCCGCCCCAGUCGGAGUCGACGCCGAUCUGCCGGUGUCGCGUGCUCUACCUAGGCUCAUCGGUGCCGCACAUCACCAAGGACGGCUUGCAGGGCAUCCAGGAGCCACUGCGCGAGCUGUACCCCAGCGAGGGCAUCUCGGGUGCCAAAGGCAUCGACUCGUGGCUCAGCGUCUGGAGCAACGGCCUGCUGCUCGAGAAUGUGGACGAGAAGCAGAAGAAGUUCACGCGCUUCUUUCCGAUUGAGGUGCUGCACUACUGCGCUGCCGUGCGCUACGUGCUGGUGCCGGCCAGCUCCGGCAGCGAAAAGGAGCGCGUGGCGCGCUUCCUGCCGCUCGACUCGCCAUUCGCGCGCAGCCCGAGCAUCGCUCACCCGCCACUCUUCGCCGCCAUCCUACGCCGCACCACCGGUAUCAAGGUACUCGAGUGUCACGUUUUCAUCUGCAAGCGCGAGACGCCGGCCAACGCGCUGGUGCGCUGCUGCUUCCACGCGUACGCCGACUCGAUGCAGGCGCGCCAGAUGGACGGCGGCCUGUACGGCUCCAUCUACGGCACGCUGCCGGGCGGCCGGCCGGCGCAGGCGACAUCCGCCCAGUCGGUGGCCGAGGCGCAGAUCGACGUCAUCGAGAAGGUGGAGGAGUGGCAGGCCGAGCAGGCGACGCCGCCGCUCGCCAAUGGCGGCGCCGCGCCCGAGAACGGCCAGGGUGACGAGCUAUCCGUCUACAACGGCGACAAGAACCACAAGGUGUGGGCCGGCUCGGGCCGCAGCGAGCGCGAGGUUGUCUACAACGAGUACGAGCUGGCCGGCCGCGGCGCCUCCGUGUACGGUUCGACAGGCUCGCGCGCCGCGCCCAUCGACACCGAGGUCAAGAAAAAGGUGCGCAAGCAGAAAGUGCGCGGGGAGCGUGGCUCGCCUGCCUCGCCCUCACGUGUCAACAGCCACGGCCACGCCAUGAACGGCCACGGCCACGCCAUGAACGGCCACGGCCACGCCAUGAACGGCCAUGGCCACACCAUGAAUGGCCACGGUCACGCCAUGAACGGCCACGUUCACGCCGUGAACGGCUACGGCCAUGGCAUGAACGGGCACGGCCAGAUCAUGAACGGUCACGGCCCCGGGCCCAGUAUGAACGGCCACAGCCACGCCACGAACGGCCACGGGAUGGGCGGGCCGCCGCAGCGGUCCGCCAGCGCUCUGAACAUGGCGUCGCGGCAGGAGCGCUCUCCGCGCGGCGAGAGGCCGGCGCAUCUGUACCCGCCGCAGCUGGUGUACGGCACGCUGCCGCCGCCGCCGCACAUGCAGGCCGUGCCGCUGCCACCCAUGAUGCCCGGCUACGGCCCGGCCGUGAUGACCCUGCCCUAUCCGGUGCGGCCCGGCUCGCGCGCCGUGGAGGAGCCGACGUACCUGCCGUCGGCGCGCCCGCUCAGCCCGACCGCCUCCUACCAGCCGGGCCACUUCCCGCACGAGGCCUACCUGCUGCAGCAGCAGUACGCCACCGUCGACCGGCGCCGCAAGGUGCGCCGAAAGCCACGCAAGGAGGCCACCGAGUCGCCGCCCAACACCGGCAUUUACAAGCGGCGCAACCACCUGAACGAGAAGGCGUUCGGCUUCUCGAUCCAGCAGGAGCACCGGUCGCGUUCAUAUGGCUCGCUGGCCAAUCUGGAGGGCGGCGAGGCGCGACCGCACUCGCGUAACGAGGCGCGCAAGAGCCGCGAGAUGCAGCAGAUGAUGCACGAGCUCGACCUGAGCGCCGACGAGCUGGAGCGCUCCGAGGUGCGGCCCGGCAUGUACCGCGGCCCCGACUCGGUGUCGCAGCUCAGCCAUCACUCGCACCACUCCGGCUUCCGGCGGUUGUGA